UUCAAUUCCUUUCUUUUUUUCCAUCCCAAAAUAUAUUAUACUCGGUAUACAGUCUUUAAUUCUUUAAAAAGAAAAAAAAAUUAAGUGCCUAACAACAAAUUUCUCUGUUCUAAACAAGCUAAGGUCAUUCAAUUAUUUAAUUUGGGGAUCGGAGAGGAGUAAUUAUAUUGUUUCAAAAUGUAAUCAUUAAUAAGUUAUUAAUUGUUGGAAUAAAACUUGCAGAGGUUUUGUUGCCUGCUUGAGUGCCAUUGAUCCCGCGCAUUGCCAGAUUCGGAUCCACUAAAGGGAUGGCUGAUUGGGGUUCUGAUAUCAGCCGUUUUACCAUUUUUCCGUCACAAAUUAGGGUCGUUAAUGCAAAUCAAAAAUACUAUAAAUGAAGUGGAAGAAAUGGUCCACAGUGUGGAAAAGAUGGCAGAGGUGGUGGACAAGGUGGCCGAAGAAAUCGGCGGGAACCUCCCCGCCGGAAAACUGAAAGAUGCGGUGGUGUUAUUGGAACGUGCGGCCGAGAUUGCCGAUAAGGAAGCGGAAGUGUUAGGAGAAUUAAUAGACAAGGUGGAAGAAAUGGAAGAGACGGUGGAAGACAGGGUGGAGUCGUUGGUGGAAUUGGCGCACCGCCGAGCUCCGGCCGGUGGUAUAUAACUUAUAGAUCGACCUGCAACCAGAAAAUAAAAAGUUCUUUAUUUUAUUCAACGAUUCAUUACAUUAAAAGAAGAUGUCUUCACUUCAUCCCUGAAUAAGAUUUUUAUUUGAUUUUUCAUUAUUUUUAAUGUAAUAUUUUGAUCAUUAAUAUUUAUCAGGUAUAUUAAUACUUCCUCCGUCCUUCUUAGAUGUUCUCAUUUUGACUUUUGGUAGUUUUUAAGGAGAGUUGAAAAAAAGGUAAAAGUUUACCAUAAUACCUUUAAUGAAAUAUGGGUGGAAUG